AUGCAAUACGGCCAACAGAGUCUCCAGAGUGCACACCAAGCCGUACCUGGAGGCAGCCUCCUCGAUCCCACACCCCACGCUUCGACAGCCCCCACAGUCACCUCGUUCCCGCCAAUGGCUCAGCCGCCACUUCCUCACGCUCAGUACCCACACCUGAUCUCGCCCAAUACGUAUUAUCAUUGGUACAAUCAACAACAACCUACACUAACGCCGCACUGGAUGACACCGAACGUCACGUACCCCCUCGCAUACCAACACUUUAUGGACGCACACCAGCAGCCAGACCAGACAGCCGCUAAUCGGAUCAUGCAACUAGAACAACAGCUGGUCAUGCUACAGGCACAACUUAAUACGGCUAUGGCUGCCAUGGCACAGGCAUCUGCAGGAACGGUCACCCCUCGCUCGGUCACUACACACCCACACAAGGUCAACAAGCUCCAACGUGACGAGCACCUUGGAUCCUGGAAGGACUUCUGCGAUAAGCUCGCCGCUGUCUAUGGAAUCCAUGACGAAGCCGGAAACGCUCGUGUCCAACUUGACAAGCUCGAACAAGGUGACAAGUCGGUAGCGGAAUACUCGGCUAAAUUCGAAGAGCUCGUAGCAUUCCUAGACGAACUGCCAGAAUCGGAACGUAUCUACCAGUACCGUCGCGGACUCAACUACUCCAGCGCAAAGAUUGUCGCCCUAGAAGAGGCUCGAUACACUGCCUCUGGACCCCCAUUCCCUACGCUCCAGAGCCUCAUCAACUUCUGCAAGCGACACGACGACUCUAUGGCUGCACUCCGACUUACCCACCCACCUAAGCCCAAACAGUCUCACGCCACCAUAUCUCGGUCCACAGUACAGCAUAUAUCGCCAACGACCUCCAGCCAUACGGCCACACACGCCCCUACUCCCCCCACCCCUCGUCCUCCUCGCGACCCCUAUGCCAUGAAUAUUGGUGCCGCUCGGCAAGACACUCGCAAAUGCUACAACUGUGACAUUGUUGGACAUCUCUCUCGCGACUGCACCCAACCUCGCAAGCCUCGUACCGUACAAGUCAAGGCCUCUAAUGUCGACCCGGAGGAAUUGGAACACCGCCAAGUCCUGAGGAAAGAUGCCGAGGAAAGCAUACGGAAGGAACUCGAGGCAGAGAUGUCCAAGAAGUUCGAGGAACGCAUGGCAGCUUACGCUAAACAAACGGAUUUUUAA